AGUCUCAAUUUUAUUAAACUUCAAGCGUCGUUGCUCUCUCUAGCUCAAAAUCGCCUCCGUCGCUGUUCUCUCCGGUCACGGCAACACAACCCGUCUUUGUUUCUUAUAUGUUUGAUAUUAAAGUACCGCUGCUAUGGGGCUCCCUCCCAAGGGUGGAUUCAGCUUUGACUUUUGCAGAAGGAAUGAUAUGCUUGCCCAAAAGGGUGUCAAGCCUCCUUCUUUUAGGAAGACUGGAACGACAAUUGUUGGUCUCAUUUUUCAGUGGUCCUUCCCUUCCACACCUCUCUGGGUACGGACCCUGUAAAAGGAGAGCUUCGCGAAACUGGCUCGUCUCUCCACAUCCUCUUUCAAUCCGAAACCCAACUUCAAACCAACCAUAACUCUCGCAAUCCUAGAGACCCACUUGCGCCAAUGCCAAAGUUUCAAGCUUUUCCAUCAGAUUCUCUCUCAGACAAUCCUUACUGGCUUCAUCAAAGACACUUACGCUGCAAGCAGAGUCCUCAAGUUCUCCACUGACUUACCUUUCAUUCCCAUCGACCACUCUCUCCAAGUCUUUACUCACAUCGAGAACCCAAAUAGCUUCAUCUAUAACACCCUCGCCAGAGCGUAUAUUCGGAGAAACUCACCUCAAGAAGCUAUGUAUUUGUAUAAAUUGAUGAUGAAGAAUAAUGUGGGUCCUGAUAACCAUACAUACCCAAUUCUAGCUAAAGCUUGUGCUCUUCGGUUUGCCGAGUUUGAAGGAAAAUUGAUACAUGGUCAUGUUUUGAAAACUGGUUUUGAAUCGGAUGUUUAUGCACAGAACACAUUGAUUAGCAUGUAUUCUGUUUGUGGGAAUGUGAUUGAUGCUCUUAAAUUGUUUGAUGAAAGUCCUGUGCUGGACUUGGUUUCAUGGAAUUCCAUAUUGGCUGGGUAUGUUCAUGUUGGAGAUGUGGAUGAGGCCAAGUAUAUAUAUGAUCGGAUGCCUGAAAGAAAUGUUAUUGCUUCUAAUUCGAUGAUUGGUUUGUUUGGUAGCAGUGGUUAUGUUACCGAGGCUUGCAGGUUAUUCGAGAACAUGCCUAAGAAAGAUUUGGUUUCAUGGAGUGCUAUGAUUUCUUGUUUUAAGAAAAAUGAAAAAUAUGAUGCAGCGUUGGUUAAGUUUAUUGAAAUGAUUGGUAAUGGAAUUACAGCGGAUGAGGUGGUGGUUGUCAGUGUUCUUUCAGCAUGUGAACAUUUGAAGGCUGCUGAGGCAGGGAAGUUGAUCCAUGGUUUAGCUGUGAAAGUUGGGGUUGAUUCAUAUGUUAGUCUUCAAAAUGCUUUAAUUAAAAUGUAUUCAAGUUGUGGGGAAAUAAUGGCUGCUGAAUGUUUGUUUAACGGAGGUUACCUUUUGGACCAAAUAUCUUGGAAUUCUUUGAUCUCUGGGUACAUGAAAUGCGGGUCAGUUGAGAAAGCCAAGGCAUUAUUUGAUUCAAUGCCUGUAAAGGACAUUGUGUCUUGGAGUGCAAUUAUGUCUGGUUACUCUCAACAUACUCGAUUUUCGGAGACUUUGUCUUUGUUCCAAGAGAUGCAAGUCAACCGAAUCAGUCCGGAUGAAACAACUUUGGUCAGUGUGAUAUCAGCUUGUACCCACUUGGCUGCUCUUGAUCAAGGUAAAUGGAUACAUGUUUAUUUAAGGAAAUAUGGCCUAAAGAUUAAUGUCAAGCUGGGUACAACCCUCAUAGACAUGUAUAUGAAAUGCGGCUGUGUGGAAAAUGCAUUGGAUGUUUUUGAUGGGAUGGAGGAAAAGGGGAUUUCUACUUGGAAUACUCUUAUUCGUGGCUUGGCCAUGAAUGGAUUGGUAUACAAGUCACUCCAUUUGUUUUCUGAGAUGAAGAAGCAUGCCAUAGUGCCUAAUGAGAUAACCUUCGUGGCGGUACUUAGUGCUUGUCAACAAAUGGGAUUAGUUGACGAGGGGCGUCGUCAUUUUAAGUCCAUGAUUGAAGAGUUGGGGAUGAAACCUAAUGUUAAGCACUAUGGAUGCAUGGUUGAUCUGCUAGGACGUGCAGGCUUCCUAAAGGAAGCAGAACAACUCAUUGAGCGUAUGCCUAUGUCGCCAGAUGUGGAAACUUGGGGUGCACUCCUUGGGGCUUGUAGAAAACAUGGUGAUAAUGAGAUGGGGGAGAGGGUUGGAAGAAAACUUGUGGAGCUUCAUCCAGAUCAUGAUGGCUUCCAUGUUUCAUUAUCCAAUAUAUGUGCUUCAAAAGGUAAUUGGAAUGAUGUACUCGAGAUUAGGGGCACGAUGAUGCAAAAUAUGGUGAAGACACCAGGUUGUAGCAUGAUUGAAGUGAAUGGAACAAUUCAUGAGUUCCUUGCUCGAGAUAAGACUCAUCCUCAUAUAAAGAAAAUAGAGCAUAUAUUGGAUGAGAUAGCUAGCAGAUUGAAAAUGGAAGGUUAUGCUCCAGACACAUGAAAUUUCCCUUGACAUUGAUGAAGAAGAGAAAGAAACUACUCUCUUUAGGCACAGUGAAAAGCUCGCCAUUGCGUUUGGGCUUAUCACUCUUGCACCGCCUACCCCAAUAAGAAUAAUGAAGAAUCUACGAAUCUGUAAUGAUUGUCAUAUAGUGGCGAAAUUCGUUUCUAGGGUUUAUAAUCGUGACAUUGUGGUGAGAGAUCAACAUCUCUUUCACCACUUCAAGUAGGGUUUUUGUUCAUGUGUGGAUUAUUGGUAACAACAUGAAAUAAAAUUAAGAGACAAUUAGUUUUAUUUUCAA